UCCACCCCUCAGUGCGGAGCGGCUGCCGGGCGUGCGUGGCUCCGGCAGUGCCUGUGCGGCCACGUCCGCGGCUCGGUUCCACUCAGCUCUGCAGCAGGCGCAGGCGGCCAUGGGUCGGGCGCCGCGGCUCUGGGCGCUGCUGCUUGUGCUGCUGGCGCCGCGCGGCCGCGCCUGGGACAGCGGCGACCUGGAGCUGUUCGACCUGGCGGAGGAGGUGCCACGCAACUUCUACGACUUCCUCGGGGUGCAGCAGGAUGCUUCAUCUGCGGACAUUAGGAAAGCAUAUCGUAAGCUUUCGUUAACUCUACACCCAGACAAGAACAAAGAUGAAAAUGCAGAAACCCAGUUCAGGCAAUUGGUGGCUAUCUACGAAGUAUUGAAGGAUGAAGAAAGAAGGCAGAGGUAUGAUGAUAUUCUGAUCAAUGGACUACCAGAUUGGCGACAGCCUGUAUUCUACUACAGGCGGGUGAGAAAAAUGAGCAAUGCUGAGCUGGCAUUACUCCUGUUCAUUAUACUCACAGUGGGUCAUUAUGCUGUGGUUUGGUCAAUCUACCUGGAAAAACAGCUGGAUGAACUGCUUUGCAAAAAAAAGAGAGAGAAGAAGAAAAAGACAGGAGGCAGGAGUAUAGAUGAAGUAAAACCUGGUUCUGCUGACAAAAAUGAAAGAGCAUUGGACAAACCACGGUGGCAGGACUUGCUUCCAUGUAAGCUUGGAAUUUGGUUCUGUCUUACUGUAAAAGCAUUGCCUCAGCUAUUUCAGGAUGCCAGACAAUUGUAUGUAGAAUAUAAAGAAACAAAAAUGAAGGCGAAGGAAGAUGCCCUGGCUAGAGCUGAACUUGAAACACUUCAGAAGGAGAAGAAGCCUAAAAUCAAGAAGCCAAAAUCUGAAUUCCCUAUAUACACAGCUUCAGAAUCCAGUGCAUAUGUACCAUCUUAUGAUCAUGGAACUUCUAUUGAAGAGAUUGAGGAACAGAUGGAUGAUUGGUUGGAAAACAAGAACAGAACACACAAAAAAAAGGCUCCUGAAUGGACAGAAGAGGACCUUAGCCAGCUGACAAGAAGUAUGGUUAAGUUCCCAGGGGGGACCCCAGGUCGAUGGGAAAAGAUUGCUCACGAAUUAGGUCGAUCAGUGGCAGAUGUUACUCUGAAAGCAAAACAACUGAAGGAGUCUGUUGCAUAUAAUCCAGGUAUCAUUAAGCUCUCUGAACUUAAAACCCUGGCCCAGAUUCCCAAAAAUGCCACUGUAAAUUUGCCAGACCAUAUAAUCACUCAGCGAGAAAGAGAUGAUGAGGAAGAAGAUAACUAUCAUGGUGACCCACAGCAGGUGGAGGUUCCACCAGAUUACAGGGAGCCCAUGCCAAGUGAAACCAGACAUCGCAAGCGAAAAACUGCUAAAGCACCUGAAGUGACUCUAGCAGAGAUGAAAGAAGUGGCAGAAGAUAAGGGUAGAGGAAGACACCAGAAAGACUUUGAUAACAUGGAAGAGGAUGAAGAUAGUGAUGAUGAGAAUAGGAAAAAAGAGAAAAGUCGCAGCUCAGAAGAACUGUGGACUCAAAAUCAACAGAAGCUUCUUGAACUGGCCUUACAGCAGUAUCCAAAAGGAACAUCAGACCGCUGGGAUAAGAUAGCAAAAUGUGUCCCUGGUAAAAGUAAGGAAGAAUGUGUGGCAAGAUACAAGUUGCUUGUCGAACUGGUACAAAAGAAAAAAAUGGCUAAAAGCUGAAUAUUCUAAGCAGAAGAAUUUUACUUCUCCUUUUCCAGAAUGGGAUUAUAUUUUAAAUCUCAGAUGCAGUAAUUUGCAUUUUUGUACCUCAGUAUUUCUAUACGUUAUGUGCCUUAGUAUGAGGAAAAUAUUGAUAAUAUUAAUAAAUCUGAUGUUAUGUUGCUUAAUA